AUGAGAAAGCCUUUGACAGCGAAUGCAAUAGAAACGAAUGCAAUACUGUCAGCGCUGGUCGAUCAAGGUGUGGACGCGUCGUAUAUGAGGACAUUAGCCAAUUGCUACGAACGAUGCACGACUAGGAUACAGCUUUUCCACCGCCCUCUCACCAUACUCAUUGGAAAGGGGGUACGACAAGGCGAUACUAUAUCGCAGAAGCUGUUCACGGCUGCAUUGCAAUGGAUAAUGAAAUCACUAUCCUGGGAAGAAAGGAGCAUACGUGUUGAUGGAAGAUUUCUUUCGAACCUUCGUUUCGCGGACGACAUCGUUCUCUUUUCGAGCAGUACCAAUGAAGCAGAAACGAUGCUCAACGAAUUGAACGAAGCAGGGAAGAGAAUAGGACUACGAAUAAACAGAAAGAAGGCACAGUUCAUGAAGAACGCCCACUGCGAGGACGGAGGAGUACGAUUUGAAGGCUCCCAAAUCGUGGAAACUCCGUCAUACGUAUACCGCGGACAUUCUAUGAACAUGGAAAACGACUUGAAGGAAGAACUGAAUAGAAGAAUGAGAGCAGCAUGGGCAGCAUUCGCAGCCGUCAAUGAAGCUACGGACCAACUGACGGACCAUGAUCUUCGUGCCCAUCUGUUCGGCUCGACAAUUCUUCCAGCGCCCUGUUACGCAGCGGAGACGUGGACAGACACUGCUCCCACGUCUAGAAAGUUGCUUACUACCCACAGAACCCUUGAAAGAUGUCUCCUGAAGUUUAACCGGCGCACACAACACCUUGCCGGUCUUCGUAGCUCCGACUUAAGAGGAAUUUCCCGUCUUCGCGACCCUGCGGAAUAUGUAUCGAAAGCAAAACAUAGAUGGGCCGGUCACAUCAUGAGAAGAAUCGACGAUAGAUGGACUAAAAGAACGCUAGAGUGGAUACCAAAAGAUGCUAAACGCCCUCGAGGGAGACCGCCAACGAGAUGGGGUGACGUGUUCGCUACACGGAUGGACCAGCUGAGAGCUCAGCUGGAUACGGCUCAAGGACCUCGUCAACGUCACUCACGAAGCUUGAGAACAUCUUGGAUGACAAUGGUUCGACCAUUGGGGUAUUAUGUGCCGAAGUUAAUCAUUGCCAGGACAAAAUGGAAAUGA